AAAAAAGAAAAAAGAAAAAAAAAUCGUACUCAACUAUUGAAGUAACCGAACUGUGGUCUGCUGGCUACUCAAUGCACAGUAGCCCGCCAUGUCUAAUCCUCCCAACUCAUUCACCUUCUUCUUCACGCUCACACUCCUCCUCAUCGCCAACCGGGCCCACCCACCAGAACAACCCGAACCCGACACUCCCGUCACCCGCUUCCAGAACUACCUCCGGAUCAGUACGGCACACCCGAGCCCGGACUACUACGCCGCCGUCUCUUACCUCAAAGCCCAGGCGGAGUCCAUCGGCCUCCACUCCCGCACCCUCCACUUCGCCCCCGACAAGCCCCUCCUCCUCCUCACCUGGCCGGGCUCCGACCCGACCCUCCCUUCCCUCCUCCUCAACUCCCACCUCGACUCCGUCCCCGCCGAGCCCUCCAAGUGGGCCCACCCGCCCUUCUCGGCCCACCGCACCCCCGAAGGCCACAUCUUCGCCCGCGGCGCCCAGGACGACAAGUGCAUCGCCAUCCAGUACCUCGAGGCCAUCCGCAACCUCAAAGCCGCAGGCUUCAACCCAAUCCGCACCGUCCACGUGUCCUUCGUCCCCGAGGAGGAGAUCGGCGGCCUCGACGGCGCCGCCAAGUUCGCCGUCUCCGACGAGUUCAAGGACCUGAAGGUCGGGUUUGUUUUGGACGAGGGUCAGGCCAACCCCGGCGACGAGAUUCGGGUCUUUUACGCUGAUCGGACGCCGUGGAACUUGAUCGUCAAGGCGAAGGGGAUGCCCGGCCAUGGUUCUAGAAUGUUCGACAAUAGUGCCAUGGAGAAUCUGAUGAAGAGCGUUGAGCUUAUGGCGAGGUUCAGGGAGGCUCAGUUCGAUGAGGUCAAGGCCGGGAAUGCUGCUAAUUCGGAGGUCAUUUCGGUCAAUCCGGUUUAUUUCAAAUCCGGGAUUGUUUCCGGCGAUGGAUAUGCGAUGAAUAUGCAACCUUCUGAGGCUGAAGCAGGUUUUGACAUAAGAAUUCCACCUACUGUAGACCCGGAGCUUGUCAGAAAGAGGAUUGCUGAGGAAUGGGCGCCGGAAGCUAGAAACUUGACUUACAAGCUAAUUGAGAAAGGACCCACUAGAGAUUACACGGGUCGCCCUUUAAUGACCCAAACCGAUGAUUCCAAUCCAUGGUGGUCUAUUUUCAAGCAAGCUGUCGCAGCAGCUGGAGGGAAACUUGCAAAGCCUGAAAUCUUGGCUUCAACCACUGACGCACGGUUCAUGAGACAGCAAGGCAUUCCUACUCUCGGUUUCUCCCCAAUGACAAACACUCCAAUCUUACUGCACGACCAUAAUGAGUUCUUAAAAGAUACCAUAUUCUUGAAAGGCAUCAAAGUAUAUGAAUCCAUAAUCAGUGCUUUGAGUUCCUUCGAGGGAGGAUCACGUUAGAUGCUAUCAGUAUUCAGUUUGGACAUUCAUUAUUUGCUGAAAUUCACAUGGCGGCAAUGAUGCACCAUUCUACUGGCCGUGUUGCACUGAAGUGACUCGGGCAGAUUCAAAGGAGGUGAAGGUUUGGUCUAAUAUGUUUCAACAGUCUUACAAAUUUUCGUAAAUUGUCCCCAUUAAGCUUUGUACAUAAUUAAUAAAUCUUCCACACUAGAAAAAUCCAGGAUUGGGGAGUAGUUGCGAUGGACCUUUUGUUGUUGGUAUUUGUCUAGUGACAUUGCUGUACAUUCCUUGUAAUGAUCAUGCAUAUGAUCAAAUUUGAGGGAUCAGAAAUGAAGAUACAAGACAGGGAUGUAGUUUAUAGUCAUGUACUUGUUUCAAAUUCAAUGCAAAUACCAUAGGGUAAUUUUGAUUGGAUCA